AUUGGAUGCAAUCAGGGCACCAAAAUAUUCAUUGAAUACUGUUUUAUUAGGAAUGAAGUAACAAAUCAUAUCUAUAAGUUUCAAUGCAAUCGUUGGUUCGGACGUAAUAUAGAGGAGGGGUCCACAGAACGGGUGCUCAUCGGAGAGUUGUUAACCGGUUCGGUGUCUGAAAUAUUGAAAAAGUCGGGGCACCCCACCCGCAGCUCAUCUAUUGGUCGCAAUUGGACUCGAAGUAUCACUAAUGAUCAGUACGACAACAAAGAGACCACGUUUUGUGCCCAAGAAUUACAGACAUUAUUAGGAGAAAAUGUGAACCAAAUCAUGAAAUACUAUUAUAACGCACAAAAUGCCAGCGCCGGCAGUACAGGCAACACAAGCAAUACUGGAAACGCCAUCAAUAGUCAGCAGUUAAUAGAUAUGAAUCAAACGGAUCACUCGACUCGUUCACCUCACAAGAAAAUAUUGCCAAAAAUGGUGACAAAAUCGUCAAUGAAUUCACAAACAUUAGGCAAACGGUAUGCCACGACUCAUAGGACUGUCAACACUUCA